UUUCGAUUCAGGACCUAGGCAUGUGAGCGCAACAACAUUGUUCUUUCCUGGCUCUAUGUACCAGUGAUUGUCAUACAGGAAGACAUUCGUAAAAACUUGGAUCGUAAUUAGGCCAGCCACUGAAGCGCAAAACAGUAUGGAUCACUGCAAUGAAUAUGACCAAAAUUGUAUCUUCUGUGAGAUUGUACAGAGAAAAACUGAUACCGAAAUACUCCAAAGUGAUGAAGAGCUGUGCUGCUUCCGAGAUUUGGUACCUGGAGCUAAGCAUCACUACCUCGUCGUUCCCAAUACGCACAUAGUCAGCUGUCUUUCACUCAGGAAGGAGCAUGUGCCCUUGGUGAAGAAGAUGAUGGAGGUGGGAAAAGCUGUGCUGCUGAAACAUAAUUUCACUGAUCUUCGUGACAUCAGGUUGGGGUUUCAUGUCCCUCCUUUCUACUCUGUGCCUCACCUGCACCUACAUGUGCUGGCACCUGCCAGUGAGAUGGACUUCAGAUCUCUCCGCAACUAUGGGCCUCAAUCCUUCAGGUUUCUAACAGCUGAAAAGUUGCUCAAGAAGCUGAACUCCCAGAAGGACCAGCCUAGUAAACCCUGACUUUAUUGAAUGUGUCAUCUGUAUCAUCACUGGAGCGACAGUGUAGCAUAAUUAUUUGAGAACUGAGAUUUUAACUCCGAGAUUGUAAUGCAUCAUUGAGCGAGUUCCUUUAUCCAAUGAAUUACUUCAGUAUAUGUCUAAAGGUGUAGUCAUUCAUGUAAAAUUUGAGGACUAGAAGUGACUGUGCAAAUUCCAUUUUGAGAGGGGCUCAGAGAAUGACAAUUACACAGUCCGGUGAGCAGAAAGUCUCACGUAAAGAGAGACUAGCAAAAUGUUUACUGAUUAUUUAUGUUGCUGUUAAAGCUUUCUGCACCAUACUCUACACAAGCACUUUAUCAACAGAGAGAGAGAGAAAGACUGAGAGAUGACGACUGGCCGGCUGGCUGGCUGAGAGAGAGAUAGGAAUGUUAUCUUCCAUCCAUCCAUCCAUUAUCUAUACCCGCUAAUUCUGGUUAGGGUCACAGAGGGUGCUAGAGCCUAUCCCAGCAUGCAUUGGGUAAGACGCAGGAAGGAAUGUUGUCUUGCUGAAGGUAAUCUAUUUCCACUGGAGUGUCCUGUGGCUGUUAGGGGGCAGUCUCUUUUUUGAUUUGCAUCAAACCACACAGACAAACACCUGGUUCCACAUACACAAUUCCACCUUACAGUUCCCCCUUUGGCCCAAAAGAAAUGCAAGGUUAGGCCACAUUCAACACUCAUUCAACGCUAAAUCAAAAUUACAAGGCAAUUUAGAAUUCUACAGUGCUUUACAACAUUCCAUCUGACUUUUUUUAGUUUUUAUUUAUUUUUUGGAUGUCAAACAAAUAAAAUAAGACCAAUCAA